AUCCCUUUGCUCUUCGCUAAAACAUGAGCUACUACAACAACGACGGUGGUGGUGGCGGGUACGGAGGUGGUGGCGGAUACGGGGGUGGUGGGGGCCGUGGUGGCGGCGGAUACGGCGGUGGUGGAUAUGGAGGAGGAGGAGGAGGAAGGGGUGGCGGUGGCAACAAGCGCCCAGGGGAUUGGGAAUGCCCCAGCUGCGGAAACAACUGCUUUGCCUCUCGCAGCGAGUGCAACCGCUGCCAGACCCCCAAGCCGGCCGGGGCGGGCGGUGGGGGCGGUGGCUAUGGCGGCGGCGGUGGCGGCUAUGGCGGCGGUGGUGGCGGCGGAUACGGUGGCGGCGGCCGUGGCGGUGGCGGCGGCCGUGGCGGUGGCGGGAGGGAGGGCGACUGGACUUGCCCUAGCUGCGGCAACAACUGCUUCGCCUUCCGCCAAGAGUGCAACCGCUGCCAGACUCCCAAGCCUGGGGGAGAAGGUGGUGGUGGCGGCGGCGGCGGCGGUGGGUACGGCGGCGGCGGGCGUAGCGGUGGCGGUGGGUACGGUGGAGGCGGUGGUCGCGGUGGGGGUGGCGGCGGCGGCGGAAGGGAGGGAGACUGGACGUGUCCCAGCUGCGGCAACAUCUGCUUCGCCUUCCGCAACGAGUGCAACCGCUGCCAGACCCCCAAGCCUAACGGUGGCGGAGGCGGAGGCGGAGGCGGGGGCGGAGUCGGCCGCGGCCGUGAUGAAAGGCUUGUUCCAACGACCGUCGCAGCUGUCUGA